AUGGGUGUCUCUGAGUCACUGUCGUCCGAUUCAAUAGUCAUCUCUGCAAGCAUCUCCCUAAUCUGGUCUCUAUUGUACUUGAUAAUUCCUUCCCCGAACGAAUUUCCCGAUGAUGUGAACGACGCGGUGCGCUUAUUUGGUUUCUCUAAAGUCGACUGCGAAACAUGUGCGCUCUUGUCCAUCAACGAGUCAUCCGAGCUGGAGCAAACUGACCCUGGUUCGUGCAUUUCACACGCAUUCAAAGGUUCGUUCUGUGGAAUGUUACGUCCGCUAGCAACACGCACUAUUUUCCUGUCAAUUUUCAAACUGUUGGUGAAAAUUGGCUUUCGAUAUGACUCCAUGUGCUUCUGCUUUGUGAGCUUGACAUUGUGGUCGUCAACAACAUCGAUUUUGAAAUCCUCGUACGAAUGUGCAGUCUCCAUCUCAAAUGGAGAAAUCGUGCAAUUAGCCUCCACUGCAGGGUCGCUUAGGAAGCUCGUAAUCAAGUAA